AUGGCUUUGUUAACUAUUUACUGGAAUUUUUUCAUGGCUGUUGGGCUCUGGAGACCAAUUGAAUGGACGGGCUUGAAAGCAAUUUUAUACAAUUGCUACACUUUCUUCGUCGUAUUGAUGAAUAAUUUAUUUUUUAUAACCGGAGUGAUGGAUAUUGAUUUUUUACAUCUAGAUUUUUUCGGGUCUAUAGACAUAAUCACUCUGAUGCUUCAAUCUAUUGAAAAUUUUGCUAAAAUAUAUUGUUUGGUAAAAAAACGAAACGAGCUGUUGAAUUUUAAUAUUUAUCUUCAUAGCGAGCCAUUUGAUUUGAGGAAUGAAGACGAAAUAUUGAUACAAAAGAAAUACGAUGACAUCAAUAGGCUUGUCAAUUUUGUUUGCCUGACGUUAGGUCUUUUAUCUACUCUAUGGUACACAGGUUUCAAUGCUUUUCAAACAAGUAUGCCCACAGUAUUGCCCUACAGAAGUAAAAUGCCAUUUAAUUACUCAGCGCCGAAAAUUUUUUGGAUAACUGCUGCGAGUCAAUCUUACACUGUUGUAACUAUUGGAAUUGUAAAUACAACUUUUGGAGUACUAUUUCCAAGCAUGAUGCUGCAAAUUUGUGCUAAAAUUCGUCUACUUCAAUAUCGUUUUGAAGUGAUUAUUGAAAAAUUACAAGAAAAUGAUGAUGAAAAGGGUAAUGACAAUUCAAUUGAUAAAAAAUCAAAUGAAAAUUCUGGGAAAUAUUUAAUCGCUCGAUGGGUUGAAAGUCAUAUAGCACUUUUACAUUUAUUUAAAUCAGCUAAUAGACUAUUUGCAGAAACUGUUUUUAUUCAUUAUGUUAUUAAUUCUUUCGUUAUGUGUACAUUGACAUUAUUGUUAAGCCGAUCUGGCUUUGAUAUUUCACUUGUAGUCAAUGCCUUUUAUUUUAUUCUUAAAUGCGUUCAACAAUUCGGACAGUGCGCUUCUGCACAUCAAAUUACUCUUGAGUUUGAAAAUCUUCGUCAUAAGAUUUUUUCAACUAAUUGGUAUAUUGUUGAUGUCGAAAUUCAAAAAUUGCUCACGAUAAUUAUGUCAAACACUGUUAAAGAUGUCAUUUUCGUCAGUGGAUAUUUUGUUGAUUUAUCAUUAGAUUCCUUCAAAAAAAUCAUGAAAUUAUCAUACACUAUUUUCAAUGUCAUUGAU